GAUAGUUCUUGAAUUGGACUUGGCAACCCUAGGUCCUGUGCGAAGUUACUGCAGUCUAAACCUAUUGAACUGAUGGAGUUCAGACUGAGUAAUUCUGUAUAGAAUUGCACUAACAGCUUCUGACUCUGAGUAAACGUGCAUAGUAGAGUUUCACCGCGUAAAAGGACUGCACGCACGCGCAGUUUUAAAACGGUAAUCUUAUUUUAUACCCACUCCUGAGAGUAAGUUAACUGACUCGAUGGGACUUUCCAAUACACAUACCUAUAGCCAAGCUAGGUGUGUAUUUACUUCAGAGACUAAGUAAAUAAUUCCAAAAGGUUGCAGUGAAAAUAAGGGUCUAGUGUGACUGACACGUAAGACUAGAAAGACCUCAUUGCAGCACAGACUUUGGAUUACACUCCACUUCAACAGAUGCCGUUUUUUAAAACUUCAGAGAAAGUCCCACUGAACACCAUAGGACCCAACAAAAUCUUCGUAAUUGUGUAAUAUUUUGAAGCUUGCGUUGCAGGAACCUUAGUCUGCUGUCCGUUGUGCAGACCGGAGGGAUAUAAUUGUAGGACUUCAAACGGCGCAGGCGCUUCUGAAGCCAGUGAGAGGGUGUCGGUACCCGGGUUUGUUGGAGGAGUGCAAGCAUGGCGGCCUUUUCGGAGCUGGGCGUUAUGCCGGAGAUAGCUCAAGCUGUAGAAGAGAUGGACUGGCUUCUUCCCACAGAUAUCCAAGCAGAGUCUAUCCCAUUGAUUUUAGGAGGUGGUGAUGUACUUAUGGCUGCAGAAACUGGGAGUGGAAAAACUGGUGCAUUCAGCAUCCCAGUAAUUCAAAUUGUUUAUGAAACUCUGAAGGACCAGCAGGAAGGGAAAAAAGGAAAAACCACUAUAAAAACUGGUGGAGGAGUGCUCAACAAAUGGCAGAUGAAUCCAUAUGACAGAGGAUCUGCUUUUGCGAUUGGGUCUGAUGGCCUCUGUUGCCAAAGCAGAGAGAUAAAGGAGUGGCAUGGAUGCAGAUCAACUAAAGGAGUGACUAAAGGAAAAUAUUACUAUGAAGUGUCCUGUCACGACCAGGGGUUAUGCAGAGUUGGGUGGUCCUCUAUGCAAGCUUCAUUAGACUUGGGCACUGACAAAUCUGGCUUUGGCUAUGGUGGAACCGGGAAGAAAUCUCACAACAAACAGUUUGAUAGUUAUGGGGAGGAAUUCACCAUGCAUGAUACAAUAGGAUGCUACCUAGAUAUAGAUAAAGGGCAGAUCAAAUUUUCCAAAAAUGGAAAAGACCUGGGGCUUGCAUUUGAAAUUCCAGCACAUCUAAAGAAUCAAGCACUUUUUGCAUCUUGUGUUCUGAAGAAUGCUGAAUUAAAAUUCAACUUUGGUGAAGAAGACUUUAAAUUUCCACCCAAGGAUGGCUAUAUUGCACUUGAUAAGGCUCCUGAGGGUAACUCUGUGAAAUCUGAUCACACAGGAAGUGCACAAGUAGCUCAAACGAAGAAUCUCCCAAAUGCUCCCAAAGCCUUGAUUGUGGAGCCGUCUAGAGAGCUGGCAGAGCAAACUCUGAACAACGUGAAGCAGUUCAAAAAAAAUGUUGAUAACCCAAAGCUAAGGGAGCUCCUAAUUAUUGGUGGUGUUGCGGCAAGAGAGCAGCUUUCCAUCUUGGAGCAAGGGGUAGACAUUGUUGUAGGAACCCCUGGAAGGCUGGAUGAUCUUGUGUCAACUGGAAAAUUGAAUUUGUCUCAGAUCAGGUUCCUGGUUCUUGAUGAGGCUGAUGGCCUACUCACCCAAGGUUAUUCAGACUUCAUCCACAGAAUUCAUUCUCAGAUACCUCAAAUAACUUCAGAUGGGAAAAGGCUGCAGGUAAUCGUGUGCUCUGCAACACUUCAUUCAUUUGAUGUGAAGAAGCUGUCAGAGAAGAUCAUGCACUUCCCCACUUGGGUUGACUUGAAAGGAGAAGAUUCUGUCCCAGAAACUGUGCACCAUGUUGUGGUCCCUGUCAACCCCAAAACUGACAAACUCUGGGAAAGGCUUGGCAAAAAUCACAUCCGGACCGAUGAGGUGCAUGCAAAAGACAACACAAGACCUGGUACUAAUACUCCAGAAAUGUGGUCAGAAGCAAUCAAGAUCCUAAAAGGAGAGUACAUUGUUCGGGCCAUCAAGGAACACAAGAUGGAUCAAGCGAUUAUCUUUUGUAGAACUAAAAUAGAUUGUGACAACAUGGAACAAUACUUUGUCCAGCAAGGAGGAGGUCCAGAUAGAAAAGGGCAUCAGUUCUCAUGUGUCUGCCUGCAUGGUGACAGAAAACCUCAUGAAAGAAAACAGAAUUUGGAGCGCUUCAAGAAAGGAGACGUCAGAUUCUUGAUCUGUACUGACGUAGCAGCUAGAGGAAUUGAUAUCAGCGGUGUUCCUUAUGUUAUCAAUGUCACACUUCCGGAUGAAAAACAGAACUAUGUCCAUAGGAUUGGCAGAGUGGGAAGAGCUGAGCGGAUGGGUCUGGCUAUUUCCCUUGUGGCAUCAGAAAAAGAAAAGGUUUGGUACCAUUCAUGCCCCAGUCGAGGGAAAGGCUGCUAUAAUACAAGACUGAAGGAUGAGGGUGGCUGCACCAUUUGGUACAAUGAGAUGCAGCUAUUGGGUGAAAUAGAAGAGCAUCUGAACUGUACCAUUUCCCAAGUCGACACAGAUGUUAAGGUCCCAGUGGAUGAUUUUGAUGGCAAAGUCACCUAUGGACAGAAGAGGGCUACUGGUGGUGGAACCUAUAAAGGCCAUGUGGAUAUUUUGGCACCUACCGUACAGGAGUUGGCAGCCCUUGAAAAGGAGGCUCAGACAUCUUUCUUGCAUCUUGGCUACCUUCCUAACCAGCUGUUUAGAACAUUUUGAUUGCUCUUGGGCGUGAGUUGGGUUAAAUGCCACUCUGCAGAAAAUGCUAAAAUUCCUGUACUGUCGUAGAACAGUGGUAUUUCAUUUAGGUAAACCAGCCUUGCACGUUGAGUAGUGUUGAAAAAUGUAACCCCGAUGAAUUAAUGAUUAGUAUUGAUCAAAUAAAACCGAAUUACUCUGAACCA